AUGGGGCCCGUGCGCGGGCCUACCUUGCUGCCUGUUGCCGCGCGUUGCUGCCUCUUGCUGUCUGUGCCUGUGCUGCCUGUCGCCGCCCGUUGCUGCCCGUGCCUGUGCUGCCUGUCGCUGCCCGUGCCCGUGCUACCCGUUGCCGCCCGUUGCUGCCCGUGCGUGUGCUGCCUGUCGCUGCCCGUGCCUGUGCUGCCUGUUACCGCCCGUUGCUGCCUGUGCCUGUGCUGCCCGUUGCCGCCUGUUGCUGCCCGUGCCUGUGCUGCCUGUUGCCGCCUGUUGCUGCCCGUGCCUGUGCUGCCUGUUGCCGCCCGUUGCUGCCCGUGCCUGUGCUGCCCGUUGCCGCCUGUUGCUGCCCGUGCCUAUGCUGCCCGCUGCCGCUUGUUGCUGCCCGUGCCUGCGCUGCUCGUUGCCGCCCGUUGCUGCCCGUGGCUGCGCUGCCCGUGCCUGUGCUGCCCGUUGCCGCCCGUUGCUGCCCGUGCCUGUGCUCCCUGUUGCCGCCCGUUGCUGCCCGUGCCUGUGCUGCCUGUUGCUGCAUGUGCCUGUGCUGCCUGUUGCCGCCCGUUGCUGCCCGUGCCUGUGCUGCGUGUCGCUGCCCGUGCCUGUGCUGCCCGUUGCCGCCCGUUGCUGCACGUGCCUGUGCUGCCUGUCGCUGCCCGUGCCUGUGCUGCCUGUUGCCGCCCGUUGCUGCCUGUGCCUGUGCUGGCCGUUGCCGCCUGUUGCUGCCCGUGCCUGUGCUGCCUGUUGCUGCCUGUUGCUGCCCGUGCCUGUGCUGCCCGUUGCCGCCCGUUGCUGCCAGUGCCUGUGCUGCCUGUUGCUCCCUGUGCCUUUGCUGCCUGUGCUGCCUGUUGCCGCCCGUUGCUGCCCGUGCCUGUGCUGCCCGUUGCUGCCUGUUGCUUCCCGUGCCUGUGCUGCACUUUGCUGCCUGUUGCUGCCUGUGCCUGUGCUGCCUGUUGCCGCCCGUUGCUGCCCGUGCCUGUGCUGCCUGUCGCUGCCCGUGCCUGUGCUGCCCGUUGCCGCCCGUUGCUGCACGUGCCUGUGCUGCCUGUCGCUGCCCGUGCCUGUGCUGCCUGUUGCCGCCCGUUGCUGCCUGUGCCUGUGCUGCCCGUUGCCGCCUGUUGCUGCCCGUGCCUGUGCUGCCUGUUGCUGCCUGUUGCUGCCCGUGCCUGUGCUGCCCGUUGCCGCCCGUUGCUGCCAGUGCCUGUGCUGCCUGUUGCUGCCUGUGCCUUUGCUGCCUGUGCUGCCUGUUGCCGCCCGUUGCUGCCCGUGCCUGUGCUGCCCGUUGCUGCCUGUUGCUUCCCGUGCCUGUGCUGCACGUUGCUGUCUGUUGCUGCCCGUGCCUGUGCUGCCUGUUGCCGCCCGUUGCUGCCCGUGCCUGUGCUGCCUGUCGCUGCCUGUGCCUGUGCUGCCUGUUGCCGCCCGUUGCUGCCUGUGCCUGUGCUGCCCGUUGCCGCCUGUUGCUGCCCGUGCCUGUGCUGCCUGUUGCUGCCUGUUGCUGCCCGUGCCUGUGCUGCCCGUUGCCGCCCGUUGCUGCUAGUGCCUAUGCUGCCUGUUGCUGCCUGUGCCUUUGCUGCCUGUGCUGCCUGUUGCCGCCCGUUGCUUCCCGUGCCUGUGCUGCACGUUGCUGCCUGUUGCUGCUCGUGCCUGUGCUGCCUGUUGCCGCCCGUUGCUGCCCGUGCCUGUGCUGCCUGUCGCUGCCCGUGCCUGUGCUGCCUGUUGCCGCCCGUUGCUGCCUGUGCCUGUGCUGCCCGCUGCUGCGUGCUGCUGCCCGUGCCUUUGCUGCCCGUUGCCGCCCGUUGCUGCCCGUGCUUGUGCUGCCCGUUGCCGCCCGUUGCUGCCCGUGCCUGUGCUGCCCGUUGCCGCCCGUUGCUGCCCGGAGUGUCUCUGCAUUAG